AAAAAGCCUCACCAAGAACCUGUGGCCACUAAAGGAUACACAACUCAAAAGGAGAAAGAACUAAAUCUCAAACUCGAACAAAACGUCAGAAACUUCUGCACAGCAAAGGUAACUGUGCGGUGUUUACCUUCAUCCGGUGUCCAUUACUGACGGAUAUUUUUGCAAAAUCUCAUCACAGAAAAAUAUGAAGACCACUUUCGCUAUAUUGGUAGCACUGACCGUGGUCGCUGUCGUUUGCGGUGCAAAAAAUAAAGCUGGUGAUAAACCAUCACCCGGAGUAGCACUCCCUGUACCAGAAAAAGAUGAAAAAAAGAUUCCUUUUAAAACCUCUGAAGAAGAUGAUGGACAAGAAAAAGAUCCAAAAGAAUCAGGGAAAUUAGAGGGAGAUGAAAAGAAACAAGGUGGUAUCCAAUUAGACAAAGGUCUGUCCGAUGACGAGAGAGACCACUUGAUACGCAAGGAAUUGUCUAAACAAGGCAAGCUAGUGGUGGAUGAGCAAAGUGGAAAAGUGCGUUUUGUGAAAGCCGGAGCACAAGGGGAGGGAGUUCCAAAGUCAUAUAUCGUCACGCUUCAGGAAAAUGUUAGGAAUAAGAGAGUAAAACAAAUGUUGAAAAGGAGUGGUUUGAAAGGCAAAUCCAAACGGGUGAAAUUAAGCUCCAAAACGGACUUUGUCCUAAUUGAUAACGUCGAAGAAGAGGAAUUGGAUUCCUUAAGAGGCUAUACCGAUUUAAUCAAGGAAAUUGAACAAAACAACGUAGUCCAUGCUGACGAUUGCGUUACCAGUCAAGUUUCGAGCGCCUUAUGGGGGCUGGAUCGACUGGACAACGCGCCAAAUGACGACCGAAUGGUCGCUUGGGGAGAUGGUACCUCUAUCGACGUCUACAUCAUCGACACUGGAGUGUUAGCUGCUCAUCAGGAUUUUGGAGGCCGUGUAACACUCGGUCUUAAUUCCAUUACCGGAAACCUAGACUCUAAUGAUGACCACGGCCACGGGACCCACGUAGCAGGCACUGCGGCAGGUACCACUUAUGGCGUUGCCAAAAAUGCCAACAUUAUCGCAGUGAAGGUGUUGUCUUCCUCGGGGUCUGGUUCCUCUGCAGGAGUCAUUAGAGGUGUGGAAUGGGUAAGAGACAGAGUUUUACAAAACAAGAAGGUGUCCAUCGUCAACAUGUCUCUCGGGGGUGGCUACUCCGCUGCUUCCAACAGAGCACAGAAGGAGCUGAGGGAGGCCGGGGUGUUCUCGGCUGUUGCAGCAGGGAAUGCGAACACUGAUGCUUGUGGAAAAUCGCCUGCUUCCGCACCUGACGCCAUCACGGUAGGCUCCACCACUUCCUCCGACGCCAAGUCUAGCUUUUCCAACUGGGGAGGAUGUGUGGACAUACACGCUCCAGGAUCCAGCAUCUUAUCGGCAUAUCACACAAGCAACACCGCGACCAGAACUCUCAGCGGUACUUCAAUGGCUUCUCCCCACGUUGCUGGCGUAGCUGCUGCAUUAGCUUCCACUUUCAACGCGAAGGGUUGGUUUCCAGAAACCUCCCCUACAGCGGUCGAUUGGUUGGAGUCCUACAUAAAAUUGUACGCCCAGGAAGGUGUCAUCAGUGGAUUAGUUUCUGGAACCACAGAAAAAAUGCUCCAUAUGGAGUGCUUGAAUAUGGAAGAAUACAACAACUGAGUCAGCAGCUUCGGUCAUAUAUUUGCCAAUAUAGAUUUUAAUGGGAUACAGGUUGUUUAAAAUGAACUAGUUUAAAAGCAAAGCUUUGUUCUGUUAUCUUGCUGAAACCAAAGCAUUCCAUUUAUACUUGAUUACUGACUUACUCCCAAAAUUAAGUUUCAUGAGUAAAAAAUGAAAAUCGAACGAAGAAACAUACAUGAAAAAAGCUAUUUAAAAACCAAAGAUAGUUCAACAGAAAUUUCAUGUGCGAAAUAAUCAACAGGGUUAAAAAAACGUCUGUGUUAAGUUGCAGCAACUGACAAGUUAUGAGGUCAAUUUUUUAUCAUUUGCAAUAUUCCAUUGCGAUACUAUUUUAAAACAUUAAAUAUCACAGUAAACAAAAUUUUAGCGAAAUGUCGAAAAAUUGGUUUACCGAAUUAUUGGAUGCGUGAGGGUAUGCCUGCAGAGAAAUAAAUAUAUAUCAGCCUUGA